AUGGAUAACACUUCAGAACCUGGAGAUAGUAUGGAGUAUUCAUUUUCUGGUAAUGAGCUAGAUUAUGAAGAAGAAGUCAGUUGGAUAGAAUGGUUUUGUUCACUAAAAAGAAGUGAAUUUUUUAUUGAGGUAGAUGAUGAAUAUAUUAUGGACGAUUUUAACUUGACUGGUUUAAAUGAACAUGUAAUAUACUAUGAUGACGCACUUGAUAUGAUUCUAGAUCGUAUUGAUGAUGACUUUAGUGAAGAUGAAAUCGGAGCAAUUGAAUCUUCAGCUCAAUUACUUUACGGAUUAAUACACGCAAGAUAUAUAUUAACAUCUAAAGGAAUGCAUCUCUUAUUUGAAAAAUAUCAGACACAAAAAUAUGGUCUUUGUCCAAAUGUUUCAUGCAAUAAUUUUCCAUUAUUACCUAUUGGUCUUAGCGAUUUACCCAAUGUUAAUAGUUGUAAAGUUUACUGUGCCACAUGUAAUGAAGUAUACAACCCAAAAUCAACAAGACUAUCCUCAAUAGAUGGUGCAUUUUUCGGGACAAGUUUUGCUCCACUAUUUGCGUUACAAUAUGGAUUAGUCAACUCAAAGAAUAAGUCUCCUCAAUACUAUGUCCCCAGAAUAUAUGGUUUUGCUGUAUAUAGAAAUAAAAGAGACAUGCUUGCAGAAGAAGCAGAAGCUGAAAUAGAAACAGAAGCUAAUGAGUUUAAAAAGGAUUUUAAUGGUGAAUCUAGGCCAUUGGUACACAAGAAAAACUCAAGAUAA